GUGUUUCCUUCACCAAAGCCAAGGAGUAAAAAUACUCGGAAAAAAAAAAAGCCAAGGCGGGGGAUAAGCGGCAAGCGGCGACAUGGCCGCGCCGGCGACACCGAGGGCGUCGCUGAUCCUCCCGCGUGCCUCCUCGCACUCCCACUCCCAACCCAGCGCCGGCGGUCUCACCUCCGACCGCGUCGCCGCCUCCCACCGCCGGCGCGGCGACUUCGUUUUCGUCGUCAACCCCUCCGGCGCCAAUGGCCGCACGGGCAAGCAGUGGAAGCAGUUGCUCCCGCACCUCCGCACCCGCCUCGCCGACCAGUGCAACAUUUGCGAGUGCAUCACUUCGGGCCCGUCCCACGCCAUAGAUGUCACAAGGGAGGCUAUAAAGGAUGGGGCUGAUGCAGUGAUCGCUGUUGGCGGCGAUGGUACGCUUCAUGAGGUGGUGAAUGGCUUCUUUUGGAAAGGAAGUCCAGUGUGUGCUCUUGAUCGAGGGCCUGACCAUUCAACGGCGCUUGGUCUUAUUCCACUUGGAACUGGCUCAGAUUUUGCCAGGACAUUUAGCUGGACGAAUGAUCCUCGUGACGCGAUUGAUCGGAUCGAGAGAGGAGUAAAAUCAAAGCUAGACAUAGGCGUGAUGGAGGGUCCAAACAGAGAACCACACUUCUUUGUUAAUGUCGCUGACACCCAUUUGAGUGCUAAGGCAGGCUAUUUUGCAUCUAUGUACAAGAGAUUUGGCAACUUAUGCUAUGUGUUUGGAGCUUUAAGAGCCUUUUGGGGACAUAAUAAUCAAGAUAUGAGAAUAAAGGUAAAUGGGGGAGAAUGGAGAACUGUCCAUAAAGUCACUGCUCUAUGCAUAGGAAAUGCCAAGUACUUUGGUGGUGGUAUGAAGAUAACACCAACAGCUGAUCCCGUUAGCGGUGACCUUGAGGUUGUUAUUCUUCAAGAUUUCAAAUGGUAUGACUUUCUUCUGAAGCUACACAGGCUGUAUGGAGGCACGCAUCUGUCUGUGAAUGGUGUGUCGUCAAUAAGGGUUCAGUCAAUCGAAGUAUCAGAGGUGACGGCUAGCGGUGACAUCUUUGUGCAAUCUGAUGGGGAGCAUUUUGGCUUUCUGCCAACCAAAUUUUCAGUUCUUCCUGGCGCAGUCGAUUUCUUCUGCUAGUUCGUCAGGCUUUGUCUUCCUGUUGAACCGACAGAAAGAUGCACCAUUCUGGGAAAGAUGCACCAUUCUGGGUAAUCUCGUUACUCCGUUCAUCUCCUGCAGUACAUCCAGCAAGCUCCGCCGUGCAGCAGCACUACAACAUGCAAGUACUAUACUAUAUGCAACACAAGUGCCGGAGUCACUGCUGUUGGUAGACAGGCCGUAAAAUUUGGUGAGGACAGGUGUACGUACGAGUGUAUUUAACUUGUUGGAUUAUUCCGGCAGCAAUGUAAAUUUCACAGCGACUUUCAGGCAGGCUUGUACCAUGAGUCAAUAAUACUUGUUUGCCUGUGUCCCAACAACAACAGGACCAUGAUUAGCUGUAGUUUAAGCAUAAGUUAACGCCCUCCCAACUUGCAAUACCAUGUACGGAUCAGCAAGGCACAUCGCUACUACAUCAGUUUGCUCGUAGUGCUAGCCAUGCUAGCAUUUCUUGUCUGUUGUGCUUGUUUGGUAGCAAGUGUUCAUCUAGUAA